AUGCCUCUGGAAGUGGUGGUAGAACUACAGAUCCGGGCGAUUUCUUGUCCAGGGGUGUUCCUUCCUGACAAGCAAGAUGUGUACCUUGGGGUGUACCUCCUAAAUCAAUACCUGGAGACCGACUGCUUUCCCUCUGUGUUCCCUAUUAUGAUUCAGCAGAGCAUGAGGUUUGAAAAGGUAUUUGAAAAUGCCAUAGAUCCUGGCGCUGUAGCAGACAUUUUAGAAAGCUUCCUAACCAGGUUUGAAUUAAUACAACUAGUACCUCCAGUGUGGGAGGAGUUGGCCUGCUAUGAAGAAAACACACGGGAUUUUCUUUUCCCUGAACCCAAGCUGACACCUUCGCUCCCUGGGAUGUGCAGGGAGGUGCUCAUGAAGACGAUUGCAGGGUUUCCAGGCAUUGCUCCCAAAAUAGAGUUUUCUACAAGGACAGCCAUCAGAGAACGAGUGUUUCUGCAAAGAAACAGAUUUUCUGAAGAAAGAUAUAAUAAGUCAAGAAGGCCUUUAUGUGCAACAGAUGGACCCAAACGCCCCAUAAAUAAUAUGAAGACGACGCCAAAGGAGAGUAAUCUCAACAGACUGCCCCAAAGCAUGCAGUCCCAUGCUCCCUCUCCCGUUUCCCCCUGGCGCUGCUUUCACGACCAGCCAGCUCAGCUGAACCUUGGAAAUAACAUCAGAAUCUCCGGGGGAAGCAAACCUCCAUUUGUAGUUAGACACGUGGACAGUGCAAAGCCUUUUGGUGAGAAUAUUUCAGAGUAUCAGUCCCGGAAGUCGAGAAGAAAACUUAAGUUUUCAAACUUGCCUUUUCCGGGGAGAAGAGCUUCUUCUCUUGACAGCCUUGCCGCUAACGUAAAGGUCAUCAAAGAGCCAGAUGAACGGAUUGUUUUAAGGAAAGAAUCAUCAUCACCUUUAGAUUCUAGUAAGUUCGGAAAACCCUCGCCCAUUUGCAGUAACCAAGGGGAUGCCGAUUUCCAUGGGGAAGCUUCGUUUGCUGCCUCCCAGCAUUCCAGAUCUCCUAGCCCUCUUCUGGAUCAGCCCCUUCUCUGCGAUGAAAGGUUCCACCCUUGCUUUCAGUCCUCGUGGAGGAAGACCCACGAAAGGGUGUGCAGUCUCCUGACACCCCACAGAGCUCAGCAACACCUACACAAGGAAUAUUCUGUCUCUGAAGCAAAGUAUAUCACUGAAAGACCAAGCUACCCGCUGAAGGAAUACCCAGUGCAUGAACAGAGAUAUUUUUAA